AGUUGCCGCUGGGGGCCGGCGGUUUUGACAUCUCGUGCGUAAGUGGAUCCAAAGUCAAGACCAUUUCAAGCCGGACUCUAACGCUUAUCAGCCGUUGGCUAGUGACGAAGGCAGUCAGGUUAUCGCCGGGCUUAACUAAUAUACAGCCCCAGUGAUUCAAGAUUCAAUCGAAAGUAUUGUACGUAAACGAACGGUCGAGUGCUGAUUAUUCGAACAUAAGUCGGUUCAGGGGAAGUGUCGAAUUUCUCGCUCUCACAGAAGGUUUCUUUGUUUGCCGUCAAUCCGUACUGUCAUCAGUCAACAAUUGUGCCUCGCACCGAUCACAUCCGCACAGCUUGACCCUAUAUCUAUCUAUAUUCAUAGUAUAAAUAUUAAGUCGUAAAACUAGUGAAAUGUCAGCAAAAUUGCUAAUAGUUGCCCUAAGUCUUGUGCCUCAUGCACUCCGGAAUCGUCGAUGGUCUAUCACUGACGCUUGGAAAUAUCACCCUCUUCAACGUUAACUUCAAAACGCCGACCUUUCUGGGCCGAUCCGUGGCGGUGGACAGUAAUUUGCGGAUAGAAAACGAUGUGGAUCCCAAUAUACAGGAAGACUCACAUUUAAAUACGUAUAAUCUUAUAAAGAAAUAUGGUUACCCGGCGGAGAAUCAUACCGUGGAGACUGAUGAUGGCUAUAUACUCACCCUGCACAGGAUUGCUCGGCCAGGAGCCACGCCGGUUCUCUUGGUUCAUGGACUACUGGAUAGCUCAGCCACGUGGGUGAUGAUGGGACCGAACAAAGGACUUGGUUACCUGCUCUACGAUCAGGGGUACGACGUCUGGAUGGCCAAUGUUCGGGGCAAUACGUACUCGAGGAAGCACGUAAAGUACAGUACACACCAUGCCAAGUUCUGGGAUUUUACUUUCCAUGAGAUGGGAAAACAUGAUAUUCCCAGUACCAUUGAUUACAUUCUGAAUGCCACGGGAGUUAGUCAGCUACACUAUAUUGGUCACUCUCAGGGAACAGUGGUCUUCUGGAUCAUGGCCAGUGAAAGACCGGAGUAUAUGGACAAGAUCGUCCUAAUGCAGGGCUUGGCACCAGUGGCCUUCUUAAAGCACUGCCGAAGUCCAGUGGUCAACUUCCUGGCCGAGUGGCACCUAUCGGUGAGCUUGGUUCUCAAGCUAAUUGGCGUCCACGAGUUCCUGCCCAAGAAUGAGUUCAUCAGCAUGUUUAAUCGCAUAAUUUGUGAUGAGACCACCAUUACAAAGGAGAUCUGUUCCAAUGUGAUCUUUCUGACCACCGGAUUCGACAAGCUUCAGCUGAACGAGACAAUGCUUCCUGUGAUUGUUGGACAUUCUCCUGCUGGAGCCUCCACCAAGCAGAUGCAGCACUUCGGACAGCUUAACAGGUCAGGAGGCUUUCGGCAGUUCGAUUAUGGAUGGCUGAGGAAUCACUGGCGUUAUGGUACCAUUGAGCCACCAUCUUACCACCUGGAGAAUGUCAAGGCCAAGGUGGCUCUUUAUUAUGGUCAAAAUGAUUGGCUGGCACCGCCGGAGGAUGUGGAAAUGCUGCACAGGCAGCUGCCAAAUGUGGUGGAAAAGUACCUGGUGGGAGACAAGGAGUUCAAUCACUUGGACUUCAUCUGGGGCAUCGAUGCCAGGGAGCUGUUGUGGGAUCGAAUGUUGGAGAACAUGAGAAACCAUGAGAACUCGGUUAUCUAAAGGGGUGUAGUUAUAGAAAUAUUUUUAUAAUUUAAUUCACAGUAUAUUACAUUUUACGGCUAUUUAUAGUUAGGUAUUUAUUGUUUUAUAAAAAUUAAGAUGAUUUUUUAAUCAUGAAAACCGGAUAAGAACACAAUUUUAUAAGUUGGAAUAUAAUGUGCCAUUAAAAUGA